GCCGGUCUCUCUCCUGGACAUCCAGGGAGCUGGAGAGGCUGGCAACGUCACGGUGCGCGUGGACGUCUUCAGCCAGAAUGCCAGCGAGAUCCACGAGGUCAUCGAAGCGCUGGAGAGGAGGCUCAAGGCGACGUUCAUCUCGGACUUUGCGGCAGCUAUCCGAAUGCGCUCUCAAGAGAACGCUACGGCUGGCCACCUGAAGAUCUCCGCCCUGGUCGGAAGUUUAGAUUCCGCGGUGAUCGGGGAUGUGGCCAACACGACAGCCGAGACGAUCCACGAUGUUUUGGGCAAUGUCGUCACAGACAUCCAGAAGGUCCAGAUCGCCGGCCUUCCGAAUGUCUCAGGGGAGGGCUUGCCGAUCCAUGCUCCGACCCCCGCAGACGAGGCUCCAUCCACCGAGCCUCCUACGGAGGAGGCGUCAUCGUCACUGGGCUCUCCCCAUGCUCGGGGAUCAGUCCGGGGCCCCUGGAGCUUCGUGGGACUCGUCGGUAUCGCCGUGCUGGGCGUGCUGGGCUUGCUCCUGGUAAUCGUGAACAGAUGCACCGGCUGA